AUGAUGCUACCUUCGCUGUGUUUGCUCCUCUGUGGGCCGAUAUUCACAAGCCUUGUGUCUGCCAUUGAUUUAUACGUCUCUCCCAGUGGGUCAGACAGCAAUGCGGGCGGAGCGGGAGCACCUCUUCACACCCUUACCAAGGCGCAGCAAGUAGUCCAGAAUGCCAUCGCCUUGUCCAUGACUGAGAAUAUUACGGUCCACAUUGCUGAUGGAACUUACAUCCUGUCCAAGCCUCUGGUCUUCACUUCAAAAGAUUCUGGAACGAAUGGAUACACCAUCAAUUGGAAAGCAGAUGGUUCUAAUGUACUUAUCUCUGGUGGCCUGAAGGUCACGAAUUGGACGGCUGGAUCUAAUGGCAUCUAUUCCGCAUCAGUCCCGACUGGCACGCUAUCACGAAAUCUGUAUGUUGGUGGAAAAGCUGCCAAUUAUGCACGGAGAAAGAUCAUGCGCAACGACUUCUCUUACGGCAACACGGGCAUGUCAUGGAAUUCUUCUGCCUAUGACUGGCUGAUGUCUACUCAGGGCAUCGCUAAUGCAGAAGUGCGUUUUAUUAACUCCUUCACAGACCGUUAUGCGCCCAUCCAAUCCGUUGGGAACAGACAACUAGUCAUGAAGCAAAACUUCUGGGCCAAUCAGAUCUGGGGUUGGGAUACUGUUAACAGCCCCUUUGCCGAUUUUGGUGUCUGGAUCCAAAAUGCCCUGGGCCUGCUGAGCGAAGGUGGCGAGUUUUACCUCGAUUCCGCUGGGGGAAAGGUUUACUAUAUGCCGUUGAAUGGGGAAGAUUUGACCACCAUUGACACCUGGUUGGGAGUCAGUGAGACGCUCAUAGCGAUUGGCGGGACCUACGAUAGUCCGGCGCAUGACAUUUCAUUUUCAGGACUCAACUUCGCACACACAACGUGGCUUAGGCCUGGCCAAGGAUAUGGAUAUGUCGACCAACAGACUGGCGGCUAUAUUGGUGAGAACGUGACUUAUCCCGCCUUUGAAGCAUCAAGGCCACAUUGGUAUCAGAUGCCUGGCGCGAUUCAAAUAAGCGCCGCAAACAGCAUUGCCUUUUCGGGUGGAAGCUACACUCAGCUUGGCGCAGGUGGGUUCGGCAUUGGAAACGACCCAAAUGCCCACAUAACUGGGGUCGGUCUUGGUGCAAGCAACGUUGCUGUUACAGACGGAUACUUCACACAGGUUAUGGGUAACUCUGUCUGCGCUGGGGGAGUUCAGGCAAACGCUCACCAUCCCAGUGACGCACGCAUGAUCAACUCUCAUAUAACAAUAUCAGGCAAUAUCUUCUACAACUCAUCGUCUCUUUUUAGCUCGACGGUGCCAAUCUUUGUCACCUAUAUUCAGUACUCCACCAUUUCGCACAAUGACCUCUAUAUCUCUCCGUACUCGGGCAUCUGCCACGGUUAUGGUUGGGGUUCCAAUGAUGCAGGCGGCAGUCAAACAUACAUCGACCGUGGUCUUUAUAACUMCCAGCCACUCUAUCAAACGCCUACAACGUCUCAGAAUAACCUGAUCGAAGGGAAUCUUGUCCAUUCUUUCGGCCUAUCGCACACCGACUUAGGUGCCUACUACACACUUUCCAAGAGUCCGUCGACGUUAUUGCGCAAUAACUAUGCAUAUGACUCCUCAUGGUAUGGGUCGUAUCUUGACGAAGGUUCAAACUCUCUGGCAUUAAUCGGAAACGUUCUUCUCACCAAUGGUAAUUGGUACAAUCCAAACCAAGGUGCCGCCAACUCCGGGAUGCAUACCGGGAACAAUACUUUGAUUGACAAUUAUGGCCAUACCGGGACACAGCUGGGCAAUGCACCUGGAGGAUCUGGCGAUUUUGGGAACACGUUCAUCGAUAAUUACCUGGUUUCCGGUCUCUCACAAACGUCGGAAGGGGCGCAACGUGCAGCUUACAGAGCAGGCGUUCUACCGGGUCGGCGAGGCAACAGACCAGUCUCAAAUCCGCAAAUUCCUGAUGCGUACCUUUCCAUAGGCUCAGAGAAUGGAUAUCUGGCCGUGAAUAUAUCCAAUUUCGAUGACGUUGCUUUUACUGGGGUUACAUUCUCUGUCUCCGCUAACAGUGGCGGGKACACACUUGUUCCCGUCCAGGUCCCUAACUCGGUCCCUCCUGACAGUUUUGCUCUAGCCACUUACAUCGUUGACGGCACACCUGGGCAGCCAAGCUUCUCAGCAACAGUAAGGUAUACGAAUCCUAGGACAGGAGCCUCAAACAACCUUUCUGCCAGCGGACAACCAUCGAUUUCGUUCAACCAGCCUCCGCCUACUUCCACCAGCACCAGCACCAGUAGCGGCACAGGAACUAGCAGCACCACGACAGCACCCACUACUAUAACGUCUCCACCUAGUACAACAACUACAACCUUGAGUGUAAGUGGGGGCUCCGUGCAGACUCACUGGGGUCAGUGCGGUGGUAACGGCUGGUCCGGACCAACCUCCUGUCAACCGCCGUACGCCUGCUCCUCGCAAAAUCCUUGGUAUUCCCAAUGCCUAUGA